AUGUCCUCCCCACCAGCACCAAUGCGUCAAAUGCUCCACAGCAGCGCGAGGCGCUUCAUCUGGGCUUCUUUGGCCGUUUCCAUUGGUGCGACUGUCUUGUUCAACUUGACUUAUGUCAACAACCGUCGUCGCAACUACGAAGCUUUCUACGCGUAAGUUUUUUUUGUUAUUUUGUGAUGUUUUUAGGUAUGAAGCUACGCUUACGAUGUUUUAAGUUAAGACUUAAGGUUAAUAUGAGUUUUGAAGAAUAUUUUAAAGCUAUAUUGUUUACAUGGAGUUUUUCUAAUAGUCAUUAUAUUUUUAUGUCCGUGCUUUAUAUAAAUGUGGGUUUUAGCUGCUUAGUUGUUUUAAGUUGACAUUGAAGUAAUUAAAGUUAUAUUUAUAUAUGUUUCAAAAGUUAUGAGUAGGCUUAAAAUAGAUUUUUAAAGACAAAUAGGACUUUUUAGUAGGUUUGUGGUUACAAUUUUGGUUUUUAUAGCUUUUUCUGUUCUUGGUGUCAUGUUUUAGAUAAUUUAGGUAAUACUCUAAGUAAAAUUGCCUUCUCUUCCUAUUUAUAGUUAAAACUUUAUAAAUAACACACUUUUAACAUAUUUUCCAAUUUCAGCAGCUACGAUCCAUACAAGAGAAUGCAGGAGAUCUGCUCGUACGAGCGCAAGUACCUUCACACUUGCCCAACCGAAUUGGCUAAGCGUGCCGAAGAGAAGGGAAUCGAGAUUUCUCCUCUGUAA